UGAUGAUAUAUCCCUUGCGUCAAAUGAGAACGAUCUGCACGGGACGUUGCUAGCUCACUGGUCUUUGCUCCAGCAAAGUUGACAAUGGGGAAUUCGGAUCGAUGAUAUAUAAUCGAGUCCUGGUCCUAAGAACCCUCGACUGAAAAGACUCGAUUUUGUUACUCUCGCAAGAUAACUGUAAAAUCAAUUCAGAGCAGUUAAUACCAUUAACAAAAUGUCCACGGCAGUUCGUACUGUUAUUCCCUCUUCUUCCUUCAGACCCGCGUCAAGUCAGAUUCCUCGAGCGGCGUCGUCGGUAGCCUCGAGAGGCUUGUCUACGAUAGUCCCCUUGCAGAAGGGAGUCACCACCUUGCUCCAGGACAAGAAGCAUGGCUUUGGUUUCGCCAGGUCGAACCCUAGACCUCCUAAGCCCAGAACCAAGGGGGUCACGGAGAUCAGAGGUCCAUACUACUCGGUCAUGGGAAAACGAUAUCUAGCUGAUGUGCUCGAGACAAUGGGCACACAUGUCGAUGGUCUAAAAUUUGCCGGAGGCUCAUUUUCAUUGUUCGAGGAAAAGGCGUUACGAGAACUGCUCGACCUUGCCCAUGAGUACAAUGUCUACGUCUCGACUGGUGGAUGGGCCGAACACCUCUUGACACACCCAGACCCGAACAGCGUAUUCGACAAAUAUCUCAGCAAGUGCAAAGACCUGGGUUUUGACGUUAUUGAACUCUCCUCCGGUUUUCUCUCCUUCCCAGCAGACGACUGGCUCCGCCUCGUCGAUAAAGUUCACUCAUACAAGCUCAAAGCCAAGCCAGAACUAGGCAUCCAAUUCGGCGCCGGCGGCGACACAGCAGCCUCCGACCUCGAAGCCAUCGGGACCUCCGACUCAGGCAAACUAGUAGAUCUGGGCCACAGCUUCCUCAACGCUGGCGUGGAGCGUCUCAUGAUCGAAUCUGAAGGUAUCACCGAGAACGUCGCGUCGUGGAGGACCGAUGUCGUCUCGACCAUCAUGAAACAACUCCCGCCUGAGCGGGUUAUGUUCGAGGCUGCUGAUCCCAAGGUGUAUAAUUGGUAUAUUCGCGAGUUUGGAAUUGAUGUCAACCUGUUCGUUGAUCAUAGUCAGAUUGUGCAGUUGAGCUGCUUGAGACAGGGGAUUUGGGGCAUGGCGGAUACAUUUGGGAAGGUGGUUUCUUUUCGGCCUGAGUAGAUUGCCUUAGGCAUUAUAUACCUGGGAUGAAAAGGAAAUGAGAUAAAAUGAGAUGCCAUGUCUUCGUUUCUUUACACCUAUUAUAUCUUCCCUUGCUAAAUAGGGCUGUUGUUUAAUGGCGAGUCGAAGUGAUAAUAAAAGUCAG